CUCCUUCCUUCCUUUCUCUCCUUCCCUCCCUCCGGAUUCCUUUCCCGGCCGAAGUCGGGCGAGUGAGCGAGUGAGUGAGUGAGUGAGCCACCGGGGAGUGCAAGCUCUCCUCCUUUCCUUCCCUUCCUCCUUCUUCUUCUUCUUCUCUUUCUUCGGGAUGCCAAGAUGCCCCCCUGGCUCCUGCCCUUCUGGGGGGCUUCGCUGCUGCUCUUGCGGGCCACGCCAUCCCGGGCGGCGCUGCCUCCUCCCAACGCGGCUUCUUCUUCCUCUUCCGCUUCCUCUUCCGCUUCCUCUUCCUCUUCCUCGGCGCUGGAGCGCUUCAAGGUGGUCUUCGCGCCGCUCAUCUGCAAGCGGACCUGCCAGAAGGGCCACUGUCGCGACAGCUGCAAGCCCGGCAGCAACAUGACCCUCAUCGGCGAGAACGGACACUCCAUGGACACCCUCACCGGGUCCGGGUUCCGCGUGGUGGUCUGCCCCUUGCCGUGCAUGAACGGGGGCCAGUGCACCUCCGGCAACCACUGCUUGUGCCCCCCCGAGUUCUCCGGCCGCUUCUGCCAAGUCCCGGCCAGUCGCCAAGGCCACCCGUCCCGCGUUCCGGGCGAGGGUGUCCCGGCGGAGUCGGGCUCCAGCAAACACGCCAUUUACGCCGUGCAGUUCAUCUCGGACGGGCACGGGGACACCCCGUCGGGGCCGGGCGGGUCCAAAGGCACGGUCAGCCACUCCACCUUCAUGGUGCCCCUCGGACCCGGGCAGCAUUCCUCGGAAGUCCAGGUGCAUCAGCCGCUGGUCAACGUCCGCGUCCAUCACCCUCGGGACGCCUCGGUGCAGGUCCACCGCAUCGACAGCCUCAGCUCGGAAGGAGGCGGCCCGGGCGGCCAGCAGCACGUCAUCCCGCACCCGGCACCCAAGCCCGCUUACGCCCGGACCCCCACCCAGAAGCCGCUCGGGCGCUGCUUCCAGGAGACCAUGCCCAAACAGUCGUGCGGGAGCAACCCUCUCCCGGGUCUCACCAAGCAGGAAGAUUGUUGCGGAAGUAUCGGCACGUCUUGGGGCCAAAACAAGUGCCACAAAUGCCCCCACCUUCAAUAUUUGGGGGUUCAGAAGACGUCCGGGAGCGACUGCCCGCAGGGAUACAAGCGGCUCAACAGCACCCACUGCCAGGACAUCAACGAGUGUGCCAUGCAAGGCGUGUGCCAAGGGGGCGAAUGUUUGAACACGCAAGGGAGCUUCCGCUGUGCGUGCAAACCGGGACACGUCUUGGGCCCUUCGCGGACUCACUGCGUGCCAGAAAAGGGAGGCGAGAAGAGCCUGUGCUUCCGGCUGGUCAGCCCCGAGCACCAGUGCCAACACCCGCUGCCCACCAAGCUCACCCGCCAGACCUGCUGCUGCAGCGUGGGAAAGGCCUGGGGCGCCCGGUGCGAACGAUGCCCGGCCGACGGCACCGCUUCUUUCCGAGAGAUCUGUCCCGCUGGGAAGGGCUACCACAUCCUGACCUCGCACCAGACCUUGACCAUCCAAGGCGAGAGCGAGUUCACACUCCAGAUCCACCCGGACGGCACCACCGACUUGCAACAACCGCAGCAGCACGUGGAUCUGCCCACCCGCCCGCCUGCAGGCAGCGACUCCCAAGAGCCCGAAGCCAUCACUCCGCCAAUGUUACCCAGCUAUGUCACGACUUCAGAGGAGCAGCUCAUAUUCUACGUCAGCACCCCGCCGUUUGGACUGCGUUACCCUGCGGUCCUUCCCAAACCCACGACGGCCGUCGUAGUGAAGUAUCCGGAAGAAGAGAAGAGCGUGAGCCGGUUUGACAUGCCUCCGACGCAGGUGACAGAGACGGACAUCUGCAAGCUGAACCGCAACAUCUGCGGCCACGGCGAAUGCAUCCCGGGAGCCCCGGGCUUCACCUGCCAUUGCUACCAGGGAUACCGGCGGCAUCCUCAGCACAGGUAUUGCGUAGAUGUGAACGAGUGUGAAUCCGACCCGUGUGGCAGCGGCAAAGGGGUCUGCAUGAACACCGGCGGCUCGUACAAUUGCCAUUGCAACCGUGGAUAUCAGCUGAAAGUCCUCAAGGGAGUGCGUUCCUGUAUGGAUAUUGACGAAUGUGCCAAACCCAACACCUGCGGAGAAGGUGGCUCUUGCAUCAAUUUCCCGGGAAGCUACAAAUGCGACUGCCAUUCCGGCUACCGGCAAAAACCCUCCUCGCGGCAAUCCCUUUGCGAAGAUAUCGAUGAAUGCCUUGAUCCUUCUACUUGCCCCGACGGGAGAUGCGAAAACCGACCUGGUAGCUAUAAGUGCAUCCCUUGCCAACUGGGUUACCGAGCCAAAAAUGGUGUUUGUCACGAUGUAGAUGAGUGUGCGGAGGGAUCGCCUUGCAAGCACGGGAAGUGCGAGAAUGUGGACGGCUCCUUCCGCUGUGUCUGCAGCGAUGGAUUUGUGCCCGCGCCAGAUUCCCGCAGCUGCCAAGAUAUCAACGAAUGUGAGAACAGCUCUUUGUGUGCCCAUGGGGUCUGCGUGAAUACCGUUGGGUCCUUUAAAUGCCAGUGUCCGGCAGGUUUCCAGGCGGUGAAGGAUGGACCACGCUGCGAAGAUGUAAACGAGUGCGACUUCCCAGCCGCCUGCAUCGGAGGGGAAUGUGUGAAUACGGUGGGCUCCUAUCGGUGCCUUUGUAGAGCCGGAUAUCAGUUGGAAGGCGGACGCAAAUGCCAAGACGUCAACGAAUGCGCAAAGGACCCGGACCUGUGCCAGCACGGGAUCUGCGAAAACACCGACGGCUCCUUCGUGUGCCAUUGCGAUGAUGGAUACGCUCCUUCGGAAGACCGGAAGAGCUGCGAAGAGUUGCCCCACAACAAGAAGGAGUGCUACCUGAACUUCGAUGACACCGUCUUCUGCGACAGCGUUCUGGCCACCAACAUCACACGCCAGGAAUGCUGCUGCUCUCUCGGGGCCGGCUGGGGGGACCACUGCGAGAUCUAUCCUUGCCCUGUACUCAACUCAAUUGAAUUCACCACGCUGUGUCCGGACGGCAAAGGAUUCAUUUUGGACGACGCCAUCCUCAACUAUGGCAUCCCGGCCCACCGCGACAUUGACGAAUGCGCCCUGUUUGGGCCCGAGAUCUGCAAGGAAGGGAAGUGCGUCAACACCCAGCCGGGCUACGAGUGUUACUGCAAGCAAGGCUUCUACUACGACCAGAACCUCUUGGAGUGUGUUGACGUCGACGAGUGCCUGGACCUGUCGAACUGCAUGAACGGCACUUGCGAGAAUACCCGGGGCAGCUUCCGAUGCAACUGCCCUGCUUCCACUCUCUACGAUCCCGUUCACAAAAAGUGCGUGGCAACGAGUGAAAUUGACGUGGAUGAGUGCCAGGACCCCAGGAUCUGCAAACUCGGGCGCUGCACCAACACCGUGGGGUCCUUCACUUGUGAAUGCCACCCUCCCUUGAGCCUGGACCCCAGUGGCAAGGAGUGCCAGCUCCCAGAUAUGCAAGCGGACAGGGUGACGGACCGCCGUGACGUCUGCUGGCAGCUCCGGGGCGAAGACGGGAUGUGCUCUUCACCGUUCAACGGCCACCAGAUGAGCUACGAGGAGUGCUGUUGCCGCUACGGCAAAGGAUGGGGCAACCAGUGCCGGGCCUGCCCCCCGCGAGGCCCAGGCCUGAAUUGCCAGUCCGCUCCCAGUGAAAGCAACUCCUUCUUGGACUUCAGCCCUUGGUUCGGAAAAGUGCACAGAGAUGCUGACAGCUCCGAAGAGGAUUCGGACGAAUGCCGCUGUUUGAAUGGCCGUUGUGUCCGCACUCCGCAGGGUCUCGUGUGCGAAUGCCCGCUGGGCUUCCAGCUCGAUGCCACCCAUUCCCAUUGCCUGGAUAUCGACGAGUGCCGGGAGCUGAACCAGCGAGGCCGGCUCUGCAAGACGGAGCAUUGCGUGAACACGAGCGGCUCCUACCGCUGCACCUGCAAGCCGGGCUACGUGCGCUCGCGGCCCCACGGCAUCUGCAUCCCACAGCGCCAGCGGUAGCCCAACGGAGGCGAGAACGGGCCCUUGGCGGAACUACAAUUCCCAGAAUCCCAAAAAAUCGGGAAAUGUAGAAGUUCAGUCUACACUGUGGAAUGAAUGCAAUCUGCCUCCCUCCCCACUUGUGCUUCCGAGGGCUAUGGGAAUCCUGGGAGUUGUAGUUUCCCAAGGCCCGUCGUUUUUCUCUGGAACGAAUACAGCCACAGAGCGAUAACUACGGGAUCCUGGGAGUUGUAGUUUGCACGUUCCGGCAAAGAAGUUCGAAAGCCUUGUAGAACUACAAGUCCCGCCGUUCCAUAACAUUAGUGGGGAGGGAGCAAACUGCAUUCAAUCUGUUAGAAAACUGGAUCCUAGGAAGACGCUAAGCAGUUCUCAUGUUCGUCAAGGACUUUUUAAUUAUUAUUAUUAUUAUUAUUUGUUGUUAUUUUGUACUGGCUAUCAUGAAGGGGCAUUUGAUGUUUGUUAUAGACUUCCCUCUCCCAUUCUUUUUUUUGUCCUUCCUGGAUAUUUGUAAAACAAAACGAAACUGCAUUUUUGGGUUUUUGCACUUAUUUCUGUAGGAUUCGGAAAUAAAAUUCCUUUUUUUGUACAUAGCAGAGGUCAGUGAAUAAUAAAAAGACUAUUAAAAUCCAA